CGCCAGCAGACUUCCCGUCGUGUUCCAGCCUCUUUCGCUUGCAUCCGGCAGCGCCCGAGCCACCUGAAUCCCAACCCACACGAGCAUAGUCCCAGAGCAACCGGCUGAUCUGCCUGCGGCUCCUGCGAUUCGACCCGUCAGCGCUUUCUGCAUCGCCGCUCGCAGCGGACGGUACAUCCACGACCAACCAACCAACAACUCAUCGCUUAGAUCACGUCGCUGCCUGAGCACACUCGUCGGCCGUUAUGAGCUCGGUUUUGCCCACGCAGUGUACCAUCAAGGAUCCAAUAUUUGGUCUUAUAUUGGCCAUCCGCAGGGGCGAGAGGCUCAACUUCCCGAUCAGCAAAUUUGAAUUCACGAUCGGAAAGGACAAGUCGUGCAACCUUCGCCUCCAUUGCGAACAUGCUUCUGGAAAGCAUUGCACCAUCAUCAUUCGCGAUAACGCCAAGGUUUGGCUUCGAGACCACUCAGACAUCGGGACGCUGGUCAACAAUGUCCUGUACCGGAACGAAGAAACUCUCCUCAAUAACAAGGACUCGAUUAUAAUUGAUGGCAGCCAGUUCUGCGUUGUGUUCUUCCAUGAUAUCAUUCAAACAUAUCAGAGCCGUCUCGCUGGCCAAAGCGAUGCCAACAACGAAAACAUUCCGCUCAAGGCAGCUCAGCUCGAGAAGCCUGAAGCCCAGACUCUCUCGGGACCACACAUUGAAAAGGCGUCCACCGCAAAACCGUCUGCGCUUUCUUCUCAGUCAGUGGUGGAGCGAGUCAAGGACCAACCUUUGAUCAAGAGUCACCCACCGAUGUUCUCUCCUAAGCGGGUCGCAGCCUCGAUAGCGCCCACUGGCGAUUUGAUCCAGUUCUCUCCGGAGCCGACCAAGGUUGACUUGAUUUCCUUUUCGCCUCUGGUUGUUGGAUCCAAAACCAAAACGGACUUGAAACCAGUCGAUGAUUCAAGGCCAAAGAGAGCCAUCUCCAACUCAGGCUCGGGUGGGAUCGCACAGCCGCUGUCCACGGCGUCACAGGCGAACGUGGUUGCCCAAUAUCCCAUCUACCCAGCUCCAGCCCCGCGUCCCGAGCCGACUUUGCUACCAUCUCAGUGUCUGCCCCUCCAGUCGGCCUUCACAAAGAAGGCGCCGGUUUCUGUCCCGUCCUCAACUCCCAGCAUGAUUCCUGUCCUUCGUCGCCCCAAGACCCCUGCUGCUGCUUACAACAGCACAGUCUCUCGAACCAUGAUGUCGGCGCAGAAAGGAUUGCAGCCCCAAGUAGCCACGCUUCCCAAAAGUCCUGCCGACAAUACCGAGGGAACCAAAUUCCCCACUUCUAUCGUCCCUCCGAGCAGCGGAAGCCGCAACCACCAGAUGUCUCAGCUCCUCGGCUGGCACUCUCCCUCCGGCAAGUCUGCCAUGCCAUCGUCGCCCGCAGCACAGCAUACCGUUGGUGUACAGAACAUGAAUGCGAGCCAAGGCGUCGUUGCCGAAGUGACUCGGCGUAUCGAGGCAUCCUUUAAAUCUCCGGACAAGUCGGCCAAGAAAAAGGGAGUUACUUUUGGCCCACAGCUGUCGCCCGAGGUUUUUGAUAAGGAUUUUCCAACAGCCUCGCCGCUCAAGCGAGGCGCACGAACCCCAAGGUCAGCCCUGAUCAAGUCUGCUCUCAAAACCCGCACCUGGACCCCGCCGACUCGCAUCACAAGUCCCACACCUCAGCGCCCCUCACCCCGCAGGCCUCCCGUCUUGCAUGAGGACGCCAGGCCCGAGCUGGUCCCGUCGAGCAGUCUCGCGUCGUCUGAAUCGUCCCUUGAGGACCAUUCCGCUCCGGCAGAGCCCAGUCCAAAUCUAUUGGACAAGCUCAUGGGCGCACAAGGGGAGGAUGCUUUGGAGGACGAGUCUUGUGCAGCUGUCAUUUCGAUGGUUGACUGUGGCAGAGCAGGCACUCCACCUCCAACUUGGUCGAUCGAGGUCUCGGUCACAAAGCCGGAACUUCCGACGAUGCCCGACUUUUCGAUCGCCGCAACCGAACCCAUCGACCACUCGUCUGACUCGAGCGGCGAUUCAUCAAGUGAUUUUGUCAUCACCCUUUCUGAUAGACUGUCGCCUCAAGCCGUUGUUACAACGGACGCUGAGGCAGAGCCCGGGCCUGAGUCUGUCGCAGCAGUCUUGCCAACACUACCAGACUCUCCCCCAGAGCUGGAAGCGAUGGGCACCCAAACAAUCGGUAUUCCCCUGUUCAGCACGACCACGCUCGUUCCCGCAAGCUUCACAGUCAUCAAUCAACGACGUGCCAGUACAAGCUCGUCCCAGCCUGCUCGAGAUGCAUCCCCCGAACGGUCACGCCGCCAUACCCUUGGACCUGCCCCGCUCAUGUUCACAACACCCACUCACCCCGAAUACCAAGGCGCGCACAGAUUCCAAACACAGAUCUUGGACAAUACCGAAACACCAAUGUCGACACGCCCUGAGGCCAUUUCCCCACUCCACUUCGAAAUCGGAGCCCAGCCCUCGAAUGUAUCGCGCGACAGUGUGUCCGUCAGCGAGACAGUCCGAGUCGAUCAAUAUUUCGUACCGCCCGAGAUCAAUGAAGCAUCUGCUGGCAUUGAUGGCAGCGACGUCGAAAGUCUGGCUCUAGAGCCUACCCCUCUCGACGAUCCGUUGAACAACCCUUUCUUGGAUAGUAGCGUUGGACCUCCAAUCUCCGCGCAGGACCUUUCGUUGCUUGUUGGAGAACCCCUGCAGAUGCAGCCGCUUUCACCAGAGCACAGUCUCAUAUCCGUGACACAUUCUUUGGGCGAAAUGCCUGACCGUGCAAAUGAAGUCGAUGACUCUUCCGCUGUCCUUCCCGAGACCCAGUCACACCCCCACCCUGAUGACGCAGUCCUCCGAACACCUCCCAAGCAGCUCGUUGAUGGGAAUCGGCUUCAGGUACCACCAUCCAGUGAGAAGCGCCGAAAGAAGCGUCGUCGCAGCACCAAAACGCCGUUGUCAGAAGCUGCUUUAGCUGCGCAAACAGAGAGCUUGUCACCGCUUGUUCGAUCGAAUCCUGUGACGCCCGGGGCUCCGGAGCGAGCCGACAUGGAUUCAUUGGCAGCCACACUUGGUCCUCAGCACGAGUCAAUGGGCCUCCCUCUCGAACAGCCGCCCCUGGGCAGUCCCACAAGAGUGUCGUGUCCAUCACCGGAGCUUCCCACACAAACACCAAAAGCACAGGCGCUCGAGAUCAAGGUAUUGGAAAUCUCGGGGCCUGAGGUGCAGACUCUGGAACCCCAGUCCUUAGAAUGCCCUGCGACUCGGGAACCGCCAGCAGCCACUGAGUCAGACUAUUCGCUGGCCUCAAGGCAAUCUGAGCCGCAAGCGCAGCCUUCGGUUGGGUCUCCUCGCGGAUAUGGCGAGCGACUGCCGGAGGAAUCGAUCGGGCCAGUAUCCGCGUCGGAGCUGCUCGCACCGGAACAGCUUGUACAGCAACAGGAGGUGAUCCCAUCAACGACCCCCGCCCGUGAUCAAACACCCUCGCCUGUCCGUAGCGUUGGCACACCAAAGACGGCCGCCCAGAACGCCGCCCUGAGCAAGAAGCGGAGUAAACGAAAGUCCAGCAUGGCAGAGCAUAAGGAUCGGCUCGAACUCGUUUCGUCCCCCACCCCCGGCAGCUCCAGCACUAGUGUCCCAGAGUCUUUGCUGGCUCCUUCGACGCCACUUUCCAAGAAGCGCAAGCUCGAUGGCGUUAGCUCUGUUCCGAUUCAGGCCAAGAAAGCUGUACCUCUCCAGACACUGACGGCGAAGAAGGCGUCAUCAAGCGGAUUUGAUGCAAGCAAGCCUCUCUCAAUGAAAGCACAAAUUGCCCUUGCUGUCCAAAACUUUUUGGCGAAGCGAUCAGUCUCGUCAACGCCAGUCAAGACAGCCUCUCCCCUGUCUCCACUGCGGCUUGCUAACGACACCGUGGCGAGCAGUGACCCAGGCUUCGUCGUUGCUGCGGAUACAUCCGCGAGCACAUCCGCGAGCACAUCCAGCCGACCGAGAAUUACGGAAGAGGCACAAUCGGGCAUACGUGCCGAGCCGCUCGACACCAAAAUGCCCUUGGGCGUCGCCGCCUCUGUACCCGCAGUGGAGACGACUACCCCGAAUACCGAUAGUCCACAGGCCGCCCGAAGUUUGAAGCUUAGCAAGCGACGCCACCAGUCCGUCGGUCCGGCUGAGCUUGAGAAGCUUGAGCCUCCCCGACGGCUUUCGUUUAUGGGCCGCAGCUCGGACUAUCCAGAGUCUAGCCACUCCGAUACAGCUCUUGAGCGAGCAGUCCGCCCCGAAAUCGAUUCAGAGUCACGAGCAACGGGGUCCGGUAGCUCACACAUCGAAAGCACAUUUACAGUGAUGUCGGCUGAGAGCAGUCCGAGCAGCUCUCCUUCGCAACCAGGUGCAAAGAAGAAGAGAAAGAAGAAGAAGAGAAGCAGCAUAAUGAGCCAUUCUCUAUCCAGCGACGGUGGCGAUCAACCCGAUCAGUCCGAUCAAGAGAGUGUCGGCCUUCAUGGGGCAGACACAGCCGUCACUGAAUCAAAGAGUCGCUCCGAACAACCUUUGAAAGUGCCCAUUAGUGCGUCAGUACCAGGGCCAGGACCAGUACCAGUGCCAGUGUCAGGAUUAAUGCCAGUGCCAGGGCCAGAACAUGUGCCAACAGAGCAGUCGGUCGAUAUGCGAGAGCAUGACUUGCCACUCCCGCCCCCGGAGGGCACACAAGAGAAAGCUGCUAGUACAGAUAUCCGUCAGUCGCCGCAAGCCUUGAGAGCACCAUCCGAGGCCCCGAGCACAUCCACCAAAGCGUCCGUAGAUGCAUCCCAUGUUCCAACUACAACGCCUGUGGAUGCGUCGCUUGUCGCCGAAGCGCCUCUGACACCGACGCCGCAGAAACGAAGGCGCAAAAAGAGAAAGAGCACAGCCUUUUCCGACCCAACAUCCUCCCAACCCUUGGGCUUGGAAGCUGCCGUCGACAUUGUCGGCACAGGCGACAUAGCCAGCGCAGCCAACAAGAGCCAGCUGCUCGACAUGGGCAGGCCAGAUCAACUGCCCGAAGAGGGUCACGUUGAUCCGUCGACAUCCAUUUCAGAAGAAAACUCUCCCGCAAUGUCAAAGGCCGUCACGUCGAGAGUAGAAACCCCAGUUCAACCCGACGCGAAAUUGCCUUUUGCCCCUCAGGAGGCCAACGUAACCGGAGCGCUCAUCGAGACUCAGGUUGAGUACCCCAUUAGUACCAAACCAGGGCUUGUAUCGGGUGAGGCUCUGCAUCAAGUUGCUCACGACGAAACCGUCAUGCAAAUUCAAGAUGCCUCUUCACCCAACAACAUUGUUUGGAUCGGCACACCAACGGACCGGCGAAGAUCCAAGGGAAAGAAGAAGCGAAAGAGCACCGAGGGGCGAUCGGAUCAGAACGAAAUGCCCAUCGGUCACGAUGCGGAUCUCUCAACUGCGUUUGCGGUCGAAGACGCCCAUCCCGUUCAACAAGAAUCGCCCCACAUACCCUCACCGGAAGAUCAACCGAUCGAGAAACAAGACAAUCUAGUCCUCGGCGACAGUGAUUCUGCCCCGCUGCCGACGCAUCGAUCGGCGAUCGGUCAAGAUUAUCCAACGCUAGGGCAGGCUGAAGAUGUUGAACAUGCCGCGACAAGUGAGAUUGCUUCUCAGUUGGAAUGCGGCGCCGGCCACCAAGCUCGGGAAAUCGUCGACGUAGCCAAAGUACAGCCAAGCUUCAUCUCCCGGGGUAGCACUUUGUUCAGAGAGGAUGCCGUUGCUCAGUCCAAAGCGGACCGCAAGACAACACCCAAGGCCACGACGCAGCACAAUCUCUCGGACACAGCGCCCACGAUCGAUAUUGCAGCUAAGCGACGCAAUACCCCCUCUCAAUCAAGUCAUAUUCAGACGCUGAGCCAAAGCCUCGAUGCCACUGAUGCUGGCGCAUUUGCUUCUCCAUCAUCAAAGACCAGAAAACGCAAGGUGGCUGCCACUGAGGCCGCUGCCUCGUCGCCUGGUAGAACGGCAGAGUCGGUAGAAGAUCAUCGUCGUGCAAAGAUGCCUCGACGGGACCCUGGCCAGCGAUCCCUUAUUGCGAGUGAAGCACAAAACCCACUACCGGAUGUGCCGGGACAUGAGGCGGGAUCUGCCGUCGUAACAGUGGCAACUGCCAAUGCCAAAGCUGAUAUGCAAGAUCAAAGCCUCGGUCUAACUGCGAUCCACGAAGGCGAGAAAGCCCAAGCAUUCGAUCCUCCCCAUGAUCACGAUCGUCCAUCGAUACGUCCUACCGGCGUUGCUGAGCUUGACGACCACCACCCAUCACCAAUCCAACCCAAGAGGCGGGGUCGACCUAGAAAGGUUUUAGCUGAUGUUCCUGUUGAAGCCCAGGCCACGCAUUUCGUUUCUUCAUCCGACGCAGCGCAGUCGAGCCUGCCGAUGGCAGCAGCAGCCGAUGAGCCGACUUUGGCGGCCGAGGUAGUCGAAGCGAUGCUGCAGAACACGACUGAAGCGACAGCCAUGUCCUUACCGGCAGCCAAGCGGCGCGGUCGUCCUCGGAAAGUCGCUGUCGAGACAAUUGACGUCAAGCCUGAAGACGCCAAUACUAGUCCGCCAGCAGCAUUCUCGGCGGCACCCUCGACUCCAGAGAAGCAAGAGCAUCCAAGAAGGGCAGUUCCAUCCGAAGAGAAUCUGCCGAUUGUCGCUGAGAUUGCUCAUGAACAUGGAGCAGCUGAACAUGGGGCUGCGGUCUAUAGCGGGGCUACAGCUCUGGUCCAGAGAAAGCGUGGUCGCUCCAAGAAGCCUGCAACCGAUGUUACGCAGGCUGAGGAGCUCGGAGAACAUGAGCAUGAUCGCGAUGCAGAGCAAGAUCAGACCCAAGUACCAGCGGCGACUCAAGCCGCCACACCAACCCCGGAGCGACGUGGUCGGCAGAGGAAGACUGGUGCACAGCCUGAAACGGAGCCUCAAAUCGACACAUCGAUCGACGCGCAGCACACCACCAUAGCCGACGCAGUGACCGCUUUUCUCGCAGCAAAGAAGGGUACGCUUCCGAAGACUGUCGCGGAUACUGUUACGAAUGUCGCAAUUGCCGAGUUAACGGCGAUCUCAGCAAAGGCCUCCGACGAAGUCACUCACGAGACUGAUCCCGUGUCGGUCUUCAAAAAACGUGGUCGUCCCAAGCGAAAUGCGAACCCCGAGCCUCCCGAAACAGAGUCUACCACAUCCCUUGCACCCACCGAAGAGGAGGCACCGAUCUUUGUGGAUCGAUUGGCUUCGCCAGGGCCUAAAAGACGAGGUCGGCCGCGAAAGAUCCCUCUUGAAGCCCCUCUUGAAGCCCAUCUUGAAAGCGGAAUUGAAAGGAUCGCCGAGGAGGUACCGCCGACGCUGCAUGUGGAAGCAGAAGCGCAGCAUAUCGGUUUGCAGGAGCAUCCGGCGCCGAUAACCUCCCCCCAGCCAAGGCGACGUGGCCGGCCCAAGAAGAAUACGAGCGCAGAAGCCUCGGUGUCUGAGAUGACACAAUCCGUUGCUGUUGAGAUUGCUCAUGUGGAGUUGGCUUCGGAAGAACCUGGGCUGGCCGGACUCGCUGUCCAGCUGGGCUCUCCGGCAUCAAAGCGACGCGGUAGACCAAAGAAGAUAGUGCUCGAAGCCGAAGCAGUUCGAUUGACAGACUCUACUGAGGCAGCGUUCCAAACACAGUCCCCCGUUCUGUCACCUGCACCAAGGCGAAGGGGCCGACCACGAAAGGAGCUUGCCGAAGCAGUGCCCGCCCCCCCUGCGACUGUCGACUCAGUAGAGCCAACCAGCCGCGCAGAUAGCAAUGCAGCCAUGGCGUCUCCUGUACCCAAGAAGCGUGGGCGUCCGAGAAAGGUGUUGGCGGAGGACUCGAUGGCAUCGUCGCAGCCUGUGAUUCAAGAAACCGCCAUCGGGGAGGAUCCUGCACCGGCACCGAUCGAGCCCCGGACGCGUAGCCGCUCCAGAAGGAAUAUUGGUGCAGUUGCUACCAGAAUGGAGGAAGAAGGAGAUGAGAGCCACCAAUCAGACGACACUCCCGCCGGAUCAGCGAAUGCAGCCGAGCUAUCGACGGCGACUUAUCCGACGCGCAAACGCAAGCACCAGGGUCCGGUUGGUGACGGGUCGAGGGCCUCGGCUGAAGACACAGUUGCUGGAGCCAUAAUCAAUGCUGCCCAGGAGGCUAUCGGGGAUCCAGAACCCAAACGCAGCCGGAGAGGCGCACUCAAAUCCAGUGGCGACGGUGCUGCCCUCGAUGACAGCGAAGUCCAUGUCGAGGUGCCACAGGAGGCUGUUGGAGAAUCGACGACGCAACAAAGGACAACAAGAAGAGGUGCACAACACACUGCUGCUGAGGCGGCCAGCACACGGCGAUCGACUCGCCGGCGGUAGUGAGUUGCUGUCCUGAGACAGAUGAGGACUGGGCUGGGCGUGGGACGUUGCUAUAGCCUUUCAGAAAAACGGGACACUGUUCCAGCUCCAUCGACCGCGUUUUUGAAGACCUGUUGGACGCAGGCCAUUUUCAAUAGAGACUGAUUACAUUGGCA